UGUGUGAGUGUGUGUAGUUUUUAUCCCUCCCCUGAGCAGAUCUUUAUCAAUUUGGGUACUCCAGUCUUGGGGUGCAUUUGAAUGGGAGUCUGUGUGUCAGAGUUUACAGAGUAAAGGUGUGUCUACACUGCUAUGUUAGACUCCUGACUUAUUCAUUCUGAAAUUGGAAAUAAGAGAAAGUAAGAAGAGAUUGAUUAUUUCUCUCUCUAUCUCAAAGUGUCUGGGAAUCUGCAGAGAAGGGGGAAGAACUCCGUGUCCAGGAGAGAGCAACCUGCACAAAAGGAUUUACAUCUGACAACACUCUCACUGUGAUUACUUCCAGAUAUACCUUUCAAGAUUCAAGCUUUUGGCUUACGUGCAGCCUAAAUGAAGUGGAACUUGUUCAGGCAUCAGACAACGCCCAUGGUCGCUGCUAAGCCAACGGGAGCCAGUGCCUUGACUGUGACUCCAGCGCCGGUCGCGUUAGUCUCGGCAGACAACUCCACCGAACCAGUGAGCAAGAAUGAUGCCUUUGACGAGAUCAAAAACAAGUUCCUGAAUGAAAUCGACAAGAUCCCACUGCCAUCAUGGGCCAUCAUCGCCAUCGCCGUGGUCGCCGCUUUACUCAUUCUAACAUGCUGCUUCUGCAUCGUCAAGAAGUGCUGUUUCAAAAAGAAGAAGAACAAGAAGGGCAAGAAGGGGAAGGGUGACAUGGGAAUGAAGAACCUGAAAGGUGGAGAGAAACCACAGGAUGACGAUGAUGAAGAAGAUGAUGUGGAACCUGGACUGACUGGGGAUGAAAAAGAAGAGGAAGUGAAGGAGAAGGAAAAGUUAGGGAAGCUGCAGUACUCAAUUGAUUAUGACUUCCAAGAGAACAAGUUGACUGUGGGAAUCCUGCAAGCCGCUGAUCUCCUCUCCAUGGACAGCGGUGGCACCUCAGAUCCCUACGUGAAAGUCUUUGUCCUCCCAGACAAGAAGAAAAAGUUUGACACAAAGGUUCACAAGAAAACACUGAAUCCUGUAUUCAAUGAGACCUUUACCUUUAAGAUACCAUUCCAAGAGAUGGGAGGAAAGACUCUGGUAAUGUCCGUUUAUGACUUUGAUCGCUUCUCUAAGCAUGACGUCAUUGGAGAGAUUAAAAUACCCAUGAACACCCUUGACUUGGCAAAGCCAAUUGAGGAGUGGAGAGACCUGGACAGUGCAGAUCAAGAAGAGCCGGAGAAGCUGGGUGACAUUUGCAUCUCCCUGCGUUAUGUCCCCACUGCCGGCAAACUCACCAUCUGUAUUCUGGAGGCCAAGAACCUCAAGAAAAUGGAUGUGGGUGGAUUGUCAGAUCCAUAUGUGAAAAUCAACCUUUUGCAGAAUGGAAAGAGGCUGAAGAAGAAGAAGACGACAGUGAAAAAGAACACUUUGAAUCCUUAUUACAAUGAGUCAUUCAGCUUUGAGAUCCCUCUUGAGCAAAUGCAGAAAAUCCUAGCUGUGAUCACAGUGCUGGAUUACGACAAGAUUGGCAAGAAUGAUGCCAUUGGGAAGAUCUUGGUAGGAAGCAAGUCCACAGGGGCUGGGCUGAAACACUGGUCCGACAUGCUGGCCAACCCCCGUCGCCCCAUUGCCCAGUGGCAUCCACUGCAGCCAGAGGAAGAGGUGGAUGCCGCUCUCGCAGCCCUGAAUGCCAAGAAGUAAACCCACCUACACCAUCUCCACACCUACCCACCCAUGCAUUCCCCAUCAUUUCCCAGUGUAUAUUCCAGACAAACACCCCAACUGCACAUCUGCUCCCCUCUCCACAUUUUUUUCCUUCUCCUCCUUCCUUCCCCACUGCCACCCUUCAAAAGAUCCACUGAUACCAUUUGACAUGAAGGGAGUAGUUUAAAAAAAGCAUCAUGUUAUAUAAAAUCAUGCCACUAAAAAAAGAAGAUAAGUUACAGGAUGGACAGAUGCUCCGUUGAUUUCCUUUAGAUCUAUUUUUGUAUUGGGGUUGUGGUUCCAUUAUAUUAUAAGAAUACAUAGUAGAAUAUGAAGAAGGGUAAGAGUGCUAUAUGGGAAUCUGGUCAUAGAGGGGAUAAAACAUACAACAUUCACUCAUAUUGUACUUCUUAUCUUUUCCCUUUAGUGACACAUGUUGCUUAGAAUAGAGCUUAAUAAUAAAAUGCUUUAUACUGCCAUAUGAUAGAGAAAUAACACAAGCAGGUUCAUUCCUUAGGUGUAUUGUGCACCAUGUUCCACACCUGCCAGUUAUCAUACUAGAUGAUUCUGUUAGUUUAAAGUACAUUCCUAGAGGUGGGUAGCAAAGUAGGGAUAGACACAUAUCCAGUUACCCACAAACACACUGCCUUUUUGAUUAGUUACCCUUCCGCCCAUCGUCUCAGGAAAACUGAGAGGAAAGUGAAACUCCAUGCCUUUUUUUCUAAACGGGUUAUUAUUAUUCUGAUACUCAAGUAGAUGAGAAAAAUAUUCAAUUCAAGAUCUUUUUGAGUGACCCAAGGCUCACGAGUAGUGUUAGUUUAUCCUCAAAGUGGUGUGUCAGGGGAGAGGGAGGGAAUAAUGGAUUUGGAGUAAAAAAAGGGUAUUUGUGUAUAUUUUUUUUCCCACCGUGCAAAAAGGCUGCAUCUGUCAUCGGAACAACAAGCGUGGAAAUAUCAGAGCAGGUACAACAAAGACUGAUUCCAAGCACCAAUGACAUGAUAUUUACAAGGUGUCGAUUACCGCCUGCAGUCUACCACCUCCCCUCCCAACGCCUCUGAUUCUGUAUCUCACUUGUUCAGUGCUACUGCCAUUAGUCAUGGACUUGACACAAGGGUUUUACUUCAAAGGAAUCCCUAUAACCGUCUUACAGUCAUAAAGGAGACAAGCCUUCCAAGUAACAAAAUAAGCAAUUUUCAACUACCAGGGACGCCUUCCAGUUAGCAGUGUUGUUCUCUUCAUUUCUUUCUUUCCCCUGUUUUUUAAUCUCUUUUUCCUUUUAUCUCAGUUUCUUUUUUCUAUUUGACUUCAAACAUUUUUGUUCCUUAAGCACUUUAAAUCAAAAUCUUACAUUUAAGUACACUUAGAAACCAGAGCUUUAAUCAUUUAUGUUAGUAGUUACUGCUAGCUGUAAUAAAGAAAAACAAACAGACAGCAAGACAGUGAUUGACUUUUUUUGUUGUUGUUGUUGUUUUUGUUGCUUUUUUUUUUUUGCCUCGGCUUUUUGCGUAUGCGUUUUAAUUGUUUGGAUAUUAUAUUUCUCACUUGAUUGUGAGGGUGUGGUCUGGAAGAAGGCACUGAUCCAUGUGUAUUUUAUACACAGCUUACCAAACUGUUGAAUAUAAUUGCACUAUCGGGUAUUUUUCUGUUCUGUGGUAAAACUGUUCUUUGAUCUGUCUAGUUUUUCUGUGAUAAAAUGUUGUGAGAUUGAAUUUUUUCUGUGGCACCAUGUGGCAUGCCAAACGGGUCUCCUCAUAUAAAUGAACCUGAUAAUAACAGAGAGAUCCUUCAGUUUAAUGCAUUUCUUAACAGAAUGUUUUAGGUCCAGUACAGAGAGCCAAAGUGUCAUGUAAAAAAAAAUAAUUUAAAGUAAAAAGUCCUGCUGAAAAUUAAAAAUGCAGAUAUUUUAAAUCCUUUUAGCUUAUUUUGUCCAAAUCUAUAAACUGAACCAGGGCACAUCUUAAAAAUACUUUUUUUUAAGUUUCUGUGGUCUAAAAACUUCUACAGUCCUGGUCUCCUGCAGCUUGAAUCAUACAUGAGAUACCCACAGUCCUCAGCUUGACAAGCCCAACACAGAUGUCUAAGAAUGAUAUGAUAUUGUGCAUAUUUUGGCUAUACAAGUUUGGCUCUCUAUAUUUGUAUAUUAAUAUUCUGUUCAAGAGAAAUAUUGGGAAUGAACAAAGCCCAAACUCAUCAGGUCUGAAUAAAGCAGAAAAGGCUCCUGAUAUGUGUAGAGUGUUUGGACCCCAAUACACUUCCUUGCUGAGCUAGCUAUGAAUAAAAUUUUUUA